CCCAUAUUUCCUGCCCCGGGUGCAGCACCAUAGAAAGGCAGGAAGGAAGGCAGGCCAGGUACAUUAGGACACCAGUACCCCUCCUGAGCGUUUCUGGAAAAGAAUCUCUUCUCACCGAGGGAGGGACAGAGCGGGCAGCGGGCACCAUGGAGCCCCCUUCGGCCCUUCCCCGAGGAGGACGGGUCCCCUGGCAGGACCUCCUGCUGGCAGUCUCGCUCUUAACCCUCUGGAACCCGCCCACCACUGCCCAAGUCACUGUGGAGUCCGUGCCGCCCAGUGCUACCGAAGGGAAGGACGUCCUUCUGCAAGUCCACAAUCUGCCUCGGUAUACUGGACACUUCAGCUGGUUCAAAGGGGCCACAACAGAGGAGAACCGUCGUAUUGUAUCAUAUGUAGUAGAUACACAAAAAACUAUUCUAGGACCUGCACACAGCGACAGAGAGACAGUGUACCCCAACGGAUCCCUGCUCUUCCGGAACAUCACCCUGAAGGACACAGGAGUCUACAUCCUACAAAUCAUAAAUAGAACUUAUGACACGGCAGAAGUAACUGGACAGGUCCGCGUAUUCAAGCCGUUGGCCCAGCCCGCUCUCCAUGCCAGCAACACCACAGUCACAGAAGACAAGGACUCUGUGGCCCUGACCUGCUCCACAAAUAACCCUGGGGUCUCUAUCGGGUGGCUCUUCAAUGGCCAGAGUCUAAAGCUCACGGAGAGGAUGACACUGUCCCAGGACAACAGCACCCUCACCAUACGCCCUGUCAGGAAGGAGGAUGCCGGGAAUUACCAGUGUGAGGUCUCCAACCCAGGCGGUUCCAGGAAAAGUGACCCUGUGAGGCUGGCUGUGAGCUAUGGAAGAAGCUCCACAGGCCUCCCUGUGGGGUCCAUCAUUGGCAUUGCAAUCGGGGUCCUGGUUGGACUGGCACUAAGUUCCCUCCUGGAGUGUCUCCUGCUCCACACAGUUUUGUCAGAGUUCCACAGAAUUUUCAAGACUGAUCAUCUCAAAAUCAUACAAAUUCAUACAUAGAAUAGAGAAGGAAUAUUGCUCCAACUCAUUCUGAGGUUAGUAGAACCUUUAAAUUGAAAUAGGAACAACAAAAGUACAAAAAGA